AGAAAACAGCCGGCGUCUUUGAAAGGGACUGACGCGCCGUCAGCACGUGUAUUUAGUGUUUCGCGUAACAUAUUGCAGUGGAUACCAAAUUGAAUAGCCUGAGAAUUGACCUUCGUUGCUGAUAUACUAUUUCAUGCUCAACGUGUCGCUUUCAUAAUACGGAAGUUUCGGAAGCACCCAUAGUUCCCAACUUUUGAAAAAUCCUUUAUUACAGGUAGAAAUUUAAGGUCAGAUUCAUAUAACUGCAACCUAAAAUCCAAAGUUUAUUGAUUCGCAUCAUUUACUUGGUAGACGUGAAAGUUUUGUGUAAUUACACAAAUAAUCAGAGUGAUUUGAAUCAGUCUUCAGUAACAAAGUUAUAUAUAUAGUAGGUGCACAUAGUUUAUUUCUAUGGAUGAUGUAUUCAAUAGCGAAAUAUCUGAUGUCCAUUCAGAGUUAGAAGUUGGGUCACGAGACUGGGAACGUCGUGCUGAGGAGGUUUAUAGUGCAGGUAUACGAGAAGGAUAUUUCGCCAAAAGUGACGUUGUUUUACAAAACGAAUUUAAUAUUGGUGUUGAUCAAGGAUUUGCAUCGACAUUUGAACUGGCAGUUUUAAAAGGGCGAUUAUCAGUAAGGUUAUACUAUUCAACAGGCGAAAAACAUUCGAAAAUUAAAAAUCUCGUUAAGUCAAUUGACGAAAAAGAAAAACAGCUCAUAUCACUGGGUUCUAUAGAAAAAGAUUUAACUUACCAACAGCUUGUACAUGAGGCUAAAGUUCUCUUAGCACCUUAAACAGUAAACUUACGUGAAAUUUUUGUACAUAGAUUUUAUACUUUUCAUAUUACGUCUUUUUGUUUAUUCUUUACAAUAUUUGUUGAUCCUUGGUUCCCAUAUUUGACGGGUCAGUAUUCUGGAACAAUUUAAUUGUAUGUCCACUAUUUACUGUAAAGUUGUGCA